AUCGGAACUUCCCCGUUCCAUCGACUUUACUGUUUUUCGUCAUUGGUGUACGUGAAACUGAUAACAAUACAAAUAGCGAUUUAUUCGCAAUAUGAACUUUUUGAAAUUAGUUCCGGUUCCAGGGUCAGUUUUAAGCAAAUCUUUUGAGUGAAAAGCGUUCAAUUCACAGUCUUGUUGGUCGUUGAUCGGCUAAGGAGAGAUCGGCAAUCGAAAAUGUCCAACUGACUGCAAGAAAUUGAUCCUCUGCAGCAAAAUUGAAUCCGUCGUCGGCGGUCGAUCACCAAAUAAUGUGCAAUGGGUGGUGAUAAACAACGGUGACCUGACAAUGAGCAUGUAAAGCGUGGUGCGCGAUGCGGAUGCGGCUGUUGCUGUUGCUGCUGGCGGCGUGGCUAGCGCUGCUCUUCAUUCUGGUUGCUUGCUCCUUCUUCCAGUCGCCCACGCCAUCCUCAAACCUUUCCGAGGAGAAGGUCCUGAGCAAAAGACUCGCGCAUGCCUUCCGAGACCUCGACUUGCUCAAAAAGCAGAACGCAGAGCUCAGAAACCUUUUCACUGAUAUCCAGUUGAAGAAAGAAUCUUCCAAUGACUUGCAGGAACGUCUUAUUAGGGCCAAAGACGUCUUACAGCCAGCCCCUGACCUUAAUCACCAGGAAUAUGAUACGGCCAUAACCGCAAAUGGAGAGCCAAGUUUGGAGUAUGAGCUACUGAGGAGGAGAAUUAUUGAUGGCACCAAGGAAAUGUGGUACUUUUUCAGUGCCGAAAUGAAAAAGCUGCAAAAGUUGGCUCAAAACAAUCCUGCAAUGUUGACAAAAAUCAGCCACAUUUUAGAAGCAGGGAUUGAGCACAAAAGAUCUAUGCUCCAUGCUGCAAAUCAGCUGGCUGAAGAGGACGGGUUUGCUGACUGGAGAAUCAAGGAGUCGCAAGAUUUGAGCGACUUGGUUCAAAAGCGAUUACAUGCAUUGCAGAAUCCUCCGGACUGCGCUAAUGCACGAAAACUAGUCUGCAAUUUAAACAAAGGGUGUGGUUACGGAUGUCAAAUCCACCACGCUGUUUACUGCUUCAUAGUGGCCUACGGCUCCAAGAGGACUAUGAUUUUGAAAUCAAAAGGUUGGAGGUACCACAAAGGUGGCUUUGAAGAAAUCUUUAUGCCCGUCAGUGAGACAUGCACCUCCCCUGAUGGUGCCACUCACAGUCACUGGCCAGGAAAAUCUGGCACACAAGUGGUAGAUUUACCAAUAGUGGACUCGCUCUCCCCACGACCCCCUUGGCUUCCUCUGGCUGUGCCUCGCGACCUCGCCCCGCGCCUUUCCCGUUUGCACGGCGACCCAGUUGUUUGGUGGGUCAGCCAGUUUAUGCGUUAUCUUUUACGUCCUCAGAGCAACACCUACAAAAUGCUUGAGGAAACUUCACAGAAAUUGGGCUUCCAGAGACCUGUAGUUGGUGUUCACAUUAGAAGAACAGACAAAGUUGGCACUGAGGCUGCAUUCCACCCCUUAGAAGAGUACAUGACCCAUGUAGAAGAAUAUUUCAAACAGAUUGAAUUGAGCAAGCCAGUGGAUGUUCGUCGAGUGUACCUUGCCUCCGAUGACCCUACAGUAAUCAAAGAUGCCAAAGAAAAAUACCCCAAAUAUAAAUUCUUUGGUGAUGCAGACAUUGCAAAGACUGCUGCUGUUGCCACUCGCUACUCGGACAACUCUCUAAACGGAAUUAUCAUAGACAUUCACUUCCUUGCCAUAUCUGACUACCUAGUCUGCACAUUCUCAUCACAGGUGUGCCGAAUUGCAUAUGAAAUCAUGCAAAAUUUGCAUCCAGACGCAGCAGAUCGCUUUAGAUCACUAGACGACAUAUAUUAUUAUGGAGGUCAAGGGUCACACAAUAGAGAAGCAAUCAUGGAGCACAAAGCAACACGACCUGAAGAAAUUGAUCUUCAAGUUGGUGACAUCAUUGGUGUGGCUGGCAACCACUGGGAUGGGUAUUCAAAGGGUAAGAACACCAGAACAGGACGAGUUGGCCUUUACCCAUCCCACAAAGUGAUUGAAAGACUGGAGCUAGUAGACUUUCCAACAUACAAAGAACUAGAUAAACUAGCCAGUGAAAAUGAUAUUCCGCAAGUUAAUGAAGUGUAACUGCAACUUCAAACUCACUCACUUCCCAACAUUCGCUUUUUUAGGUCUACGAUGAUAUAGUUUCAAUUUGGUUGUGAUGUAUUAUCAGAUUUAAAAAAUACGCCUUUUUCUAUUUCCGUUCUAAAGCUCAAAUGAUAUUUAACUUUAAUUAAUCAUUUUAUACAAUUUGUUGACUUUAUUUACCUCCUGUGAAAUUUCUUACCGAAUUAAGUCAAUAUCCCUCCUUGAUGAAUACAAUAUUUUAAUACUAUUUUUAAUUAGAAUGUACAAUUUACGUAAGUCUAAAUUUGGAUAUAAUCCAUAAACUAUAUUUUGUUAUUAACUUUGUGCACACUGACUAUAAGUUACUAAAUUUUACCCCCAAAAAUUUAAGUAAUGAAUUUUAUUCGACACCAAUUCAUAAUAAUAGCACAUUCAUCAAGGAGCGGCAGUUUUUAUUUAAUUUUGGAACUUCUCUUGUCUUUAGCAAGAUUAUUCCAAAGUUUACCUGCCUUGUUUGUUAUGCCAACAGAUUAUUUUUGUUUGAUUUUUUGUGACAAAGAGUGCAAUGUAAAAGUUAUCUUUUAUUAAAUAGUGUGAGAGCGCAAA